AGGUGAUUGACGUGGUGCGCACCAUGUCGACGGAGCAGGCGCGUUCAGGAGAGACACCGAUGAGUAAAUUCGCCCGCGGGUCACGGUUCUCCGUCGCCGAACAUCAGGAGCGAUACAAAGAGGAAUGUCAGCGCAUAUUCGACCUGCAGAACAAGGUGUUGGAGAGUACGGAGGUGUUGUCCACAGACACUGACAGCAGUUCUGCAGAGGACAGUGAUUUUGAGGAGAUGGGGAAGAACAUUGAGAACAUGCUGCAGAAUAAGAAGACGAGUUCUCAGCUGAGCCGUGAGCGAGAGGAGGAGGAGAGGAAGGAGCUGCAGCGCAUGCUGAUGGGGGACGAGGGGAUGGAGCGAGACAAGGGCAGGAAGGACCGACGCAAAGGCCUCUCGAGCGCUCAGUCCACCGGCUCUCAUAAAGACGAUGACGCGUCCUCGGUGACGAGUCUGAACUCCUCGGCGACGGGGCGGCGGCUGAAGAUCUACCGCACCUUCCGUGACGAGGACGGUAAAGAAUACGUGCGCUGUGAGACGGUCCGCAAACCGUCUGUCAUCGACGCGUACACGCGCAUCCGCUCCACCAAGGACGACGACUUCAUUCGUAAGUUUGCCCUGUUUGAUGAGCAGCACAGGGAGGAGAUGCGUAAAGAGCGCAGACGCAUUCAGGAGCAGCUCCGCAGAUUAAAACGCAAUCAGGAGAAGGACAAGUUCAGAGGACCUCCUGAGAAACGACCCAAAAAGGCCAAGGAGAGACCUGACCUCAAGCUGAAAUGUGGUGCGUGCGGUGCGAUUGGUCACAUGAGGACCAAUAAGUUUUGCCCGUUGUACUAUCAGACGAAUGCCCCGCCCAGUAAUCCUGUUGCCAUGACCGAGGAACAGGAGGAGGAGCUUGAGAAGACGGUCAUUCACAACGAUAACGAAGAGCUAAUUAAAGUGGAGGGAACUAAGAUUGUCCUGGGCAAACAGCUCAUCGAGAGUGCGGAUGAGGUGAGGAGGAAGUCUCUGGUGUUGAAGUUCCCUAAACAGCAGCUUCCUCCCAAAAAGAAGCGACGCGUCGGCAGCACAGUCCACUGUGACUACCUCAACCGUCCUCACAAGUCGAUCCACCGCAGGAGGACGGACCCGAUGGUCACUCUGUCCUCCAUCCUGGAGAGCAUCAUCAACGACAUGAGAGACCACCCCAAUACGUACCCGUUCCACACACCGGUGAACAGUAAGCUGGUGAAGGAUUAUUAUAAGAUCAUCACUCGGCCGAUGGACCUGCAGACACUGCGUGAGAACGUGAGGAAGCGUCUGUACCCAUCCCGAGAGGAGUUCAGAGAGAGCGUGGAGCUCAUCGUCAAAAACAGUGCCACGUACAACGGAGCGAAACAUCCUCUGACGCAGGUGGCUCAGUCCAUGCUGGACCUCUGUGAUGAGAAACUGAAAGAGAAGGAGGAGCGUCUGGUACGCCUGGAGAAGGCGAUUAACCCGCUGUUGGAUGAUGAUGAUCAGGUCGCCUUCUCCUUCAUCCUCGACAACAUCGUCACUCAGAAGAUGAUGGCCGUGCCUGAGUCAUGGCCGUUUCAUCAUCCUGUGAAUAAGAAGUUUGUUCCUGAUUAUUAUAAAGUCAUCAUGAACCCCAUGGACCUGGAGAACCUCCGCAAGAACAUCUCCAAACACAAGUAUCAGAAUCGGGAGAUUUUCCUGUCAGAUGUUAAUCUAAUCCACACCAACAGUGUCAAGUAUAACGGUCCUGACAGCUCUUACACUAAGACAGCUCUGGAGAUCGUCAACGUGUGCAAGCAGACUUUAGCAGAGUAUGAUGAGCACCUGACUCAGUUGGAGAAGGAUAUCUGUACAGCUAAAGAAGCUGCUCUGGAUGCUGCUGACCUCGAGAGUCUGGAUCCACUCACCCCUGGACCAUACACUCCUCAGGGUCGUGGGCGGGGCCGAAUGGGAGAGGAGGAGUCUGAUGUUGAUAUUGAAGGAUUUGAAGAUGACGAUGAUGGUAAACCCAAAACACCUGCUCCGGCUGAGGAAGGAGACCUGGAUGAUGAAGAUGAGGACGAUGAGAUGUUGUUGCCGGGGCGUGGCCAUCUGGAGGAUGAGGAGGAUGAGGAUGAUGAAGGCUCGAGCAGGCCGGUGCAGUCCAGUGUCCUCUACCAGGACCUGCUGAUGUCUGAGGGAGAGGACGAGUGCAGCGACGAGGAGGGAGACAACCCCUUCUCCUCCAUCCACCUAUCAGAGAGUGGGAGUGACAGUGAUCGGGAGGCGGGGCAUCAGGACUCCACCCGCAUGGGCAUGGAGCAUGAGGAGAGCAUGAUGUCAUUUGAUGGGGAGGGGCCUGACGAUGAUGACACACACAUGGAGGACAGCAACGUCAGUUAUGGCAGCUAUUAUGAUGGAGAGAGCCGUCACCAGGGGCGGGGCUUCAGUCCUGAGGGGGAGGGGCAUGAUCAAGGGGAGGGGCCUGUGGAUGGAGUGAGUGACGAGGAGGAAGAGGAGGAGGAAGAUGAGAGUGAGGAGCGGAGGAGAGGCCCGAGCGUGCUGACCCGUGUCCAGCUCAGUGAGGACGAGGAGGACAGCGAGGACUUCCAGUCUAUUGGAGGGGACAGUGACAUGGACUCGGAUAACUGACACACACACUAUGUAUAUUCUUAUUUGUCAUGAUGAAACUGUUCCACUUCCUGUUUUUAAUGAUGUUUAUUAUUUUGUACCUGUUAGAGACGUCACACAGAAUAAACGCCUGUGUUCAAAUAUCA